UUAUUCAUGCCUCGUAAGCCUGCGUUUUCUCCGUUUAAUGAAUGUGCUUUUCGUACUUCUGUCCGGAAGAUACACAAUCGGUGUUUCUUGCUCUCUUUUUUUCGAUAAAUUGCGGUUGUACACGACGUCGAUAAUUGUAAGAAAGGUCAUAAUAACAAGGGAAAAAAAUUGAAAUACGAUGUUUGGACCGGGAGCAGCGCCAAUUGUAGUUCUGAGCCAGAACACGAAGCGAGACAGCGGAAGAAAAGUGCAGAGGGAGAACAUUCAGGCGGGUAAGGCAAUUGCUGAUGUUAUUAGAACAUGUCUGGGUCCACAAGCUAUGUUGAAAAUGUUGAUGGAUCCAAUGGGUGGCAUUGUAAUGACAAACGAUGGAAAUGCGAUCCUACGUGAGAUUACUGUGCAACAUCCUGCUGGAAAGUCCAUGAUAGAAAUUGCCAGGACUCAGGAUGAGGAAGUGGGAGAUGGUACUACGUCAGUCAUUGUCCUGUCGGGUGAGAUCUUGGCUACUGCUGAACCAUUUUUGGAACAAAACAUGCAUCCCACUGUCAUCAUAAGAGCAUAUCGUCAGGCCUUGGAAGAUAUGGUCACAAUCCUUAAUGAGCAGAUCAGUAUUGAUUUAGAUUGCAAUGAUAAAAAGAAAUUAAUCCAGGUGAUAAACUCCUGCAUAGGCACUAAAUUUAUCAGACGCUGGUCUGAAUUGGCAUGCCAGAUUGCUUUGGAUGCUGUUUAUAUGGUAAUGCUUGAGGAAAAUGGCAGAAAGGAGAUUGACAUCAAACGUUAUGCUAAGGUAGAGAAAAUACCAGGUGGUACAAUAGAGGACAGUGUUGUUUUAAAGGGUGUAAUGAUCAAUAAGGAUGUGACACAUCCAAAAAUGAGACGUUACAUCAAAAAUCCGAGAAUAGUGUUGCUAGAUUGCCCAUUGGAAUACAAGAAGGGCGAAUCUCAGACGAAUAUAGAGAUAAUGAAGGAUACCGAUUUUACGAAGAUCCUAGAAUUAGAAGAGGAGCAUGUAAAGAAGAUCUGUGAAGAUAUUAUUUUGGUGAAGCCGGAUGUGGUAAUAACAGAGAAGGGUGUAUCCGAUCUUGCUCAGCAUUAUCUUGUCAAAGCCGGCAUAUCCGCGAUACGCAGGCUACGAAAAAGUGACAUUAAUAGAAUUGCUCGUGCUUGCGGUGCCACCGUCGUGAAUCGUACGGAGGAAUUAAAGGAAGAGGAUGUUGGUACAGGAGCUGGCCUUUUUGAGAUCAAGAAGCUUGGCGACGAGUAUUUCUGUUUUAUCACAGAAUGCAAGGAUCCUAAGGCUUGUACCAUUAUUCUGAGAGGAGCCAGUAAGGAUGUCUUGAACGAAACUGAAAGAAAUUUACAAGAUGCGUUACAUGUCGCCAGAAAUCUUCUCAUCAAUCCGAAACUUGUACCAGGUGGCGGAGCAGUGGAAAUGGCUGUAUCGCGGCUGUUAACUGAGAAAGCGGCGGGUCUUGCCGGUGUAGAACAAUGGCCAUACAAAGCGAUCGCACAGGCUUUAGAAAUCAUUCCCAGGACUCUGGCACAGAAUUGCGGUGCGAAUACUAUUAGGACUCUGACGGCAUUGCGCGCGAAACAUGCGACGGAAGGAACUACUUGGGGCAUUGAUGGGGAAACGGGUAAAUUAGUUGACAUGAAGGAAUAUGGUAUAUGGGAACCGUUGUCUGUAAAGUUACAGACAUACAAAACAGCGAUCGAGACCGCUAUCCUGUUAUUAAGAAUCGACGAUAUCGUCUCUGGAAUCAAAAAGAAGAAAAAUGAGAAUGAAACCGCACAACCGAGUCAAGUCACGGAGGAAUCUAUGAAGGAAUAAAUAUUUUCGAUAUCCGUGAUGAAGCCUAAUUGCUUUGCAUCUGUUUUAAGAUUCAAGUAUUUUGAAUUCUCACAGGUUCGUCUACUGAAUUUUUAUUUUCUCUGUAUGCAUUUUCACACAUUAAAAAUAAGUUAUCCAGAA